AUGAUUCACUUCGUACUUCUCGUGUGCCUGGCCACUGCCACUGCAACUAACUCCACCAAUAACGCAACCGUCAACGAUACCUCUACAAAUUCUACAAAGGAAAUUCUCAAAGCAAGUGAAACCGCAGACCCGGGUAAAGUUGAAAUCGUUAAACAAAUCCGUCGAUUAAACGAAGACGGAUCAUACACGAUAGGAUAUGAAGCUGAUGACGGCACGUUUAAAAUCGAAAGCAGAGAUGUGCUAGGUAAUGUAAAAGGAACUUUCGGAUAUAUAGAUCAGGAUGGGGAAAUUAAGCGCGUGACAUACUCCUCCUCCGGUGACACCACACCUAUUCCAGUGACCAGCACGACUCCAAGUAUACCAACGAUAGUCAGGAUGAAUAAAACAAUCUCAUCGACAACCAGGAGGCCUUUAGCGACAGUUGUCUAUCCUACAAGAAGUAGCAUUAGAGAAAGUGCAACGAGGGGAACUGUUAUUCAAUCAAUUCCAAGAAGACGCCCAGUUUCAACGUCAGCUCGAGCUGCAGCAAAUCUUGAAACGACAACCGAAAAUCAAAAUGCUGAAGAAACAACUAGCAAUAUUCUUAACCUAUACAAAUCGAGGGAGGAAACUAAAACAAGGACUCAAAUAUUGAAACCAGUAUCGGCAACAUUGAAAGAAGAUUUAAUUAGUAAGCAAUCAACUACAAAUUUACCAACCACAGUGAAACCUGUACAUGAGGAUAUUAAUGAGGAUGAAUAUGAGGCUAGUAAGACAAAUACCAUCCACCGGGAGCUAUUUGCAAAAAGCCCUAAUCCACACAUGAUGAGCUUACAACAAUCGGCUGGGGACGAUUCAACUGAUGUCUAUGGCGGUCAUCAAUCACUCGGGACCGUACGUCCUCUUUUCACCACCACAACUUCUCGUCCCCGCCUCAUCCCAAUUCAUACUUUAGUUGAGGCAAGACAAAAUAUACAGCGUCAUUACCAAGAACCAGCCGAAGAACAAGAAGCAACGGUGGAAGCUAGUACAGGUCGUGUUUAUGAACCUCAAAAUAUUGUUACAUCGAAUCCUGUUCCAGUAGUUCAUAUACAAGAGCAUAGAGACAGCGAUAACAGACUAUACCAGCAACCAAUUUACAGAAGGCCUCAGUCUACGGUUCGUUUUCGAACUGAUGAAUAUUUAAGAGACAACCCAGGUGCCCCAGUACCAAUUGGAAACCAGCGGCCCUUUCUCCACUACGAAUAUCAAGACAAAGUACUGGAUCAACAAUUUCUAUCUAGAAAGGAAACACCAAUAGCUCAACAAACUAAAAGUGCAGCUGAACCUGCAACUGUCCCGUACGAUAUUAGACCUGCAACGAGAAUUAUUUCUAUACCAGUGGAUGAAAGAGGCGUUCCCGUUCAAGGAUACCAAGCAAGAUUUGUCAAUCCAUAUAGACCUACUCCAACACCAGUAGAGUACCAACCACGAUAUGAUCCUCUCGAAGAAAUGAACGCUAUUUCAACUCCAGUGAGUACAAGAGACUUGAAACGGCUUCUACAGAUUCUGAUACUAAGACAGAAUCGUUUGCAAGCCCUCAUGGAUCAAUUAGUAGCACCGGGCCCACCCUAUCAGCCCUUACCAAUGUAUCGUCAAGAUAACGAUUACAAUCAACACCAAAUAUCCCGUCAUUACGUAGACGAUGACCGGUACGACUACAGAUACGAUCAGCAGUACCGACAGGAUGCGUACUCUAAUCAAAUGAGUUACGAGAAUCCACAGUACGAGAGUCAAAGGUACGUUCCGAGGAGAAGGCUGUAUACUCGGCAUUAUGAUACGGCUGGGUCGUCUUCCAACAACGUCGAAGAUGCACCAGAAUACUUGCCAGCGGAUAUACGUGAGGCGUUGCUGUUGAAAAUGCUCAUGCUGGCCAUCAACCCUGAUUUCAUGCCAACUCCAGCGCCUUCAACGGAGCUGACUACAGCAGCACCACAGCGGAAGCAGGUAAGGAACGUGCAGAUCCUCGGUGAAGAGGGGUCAGAAGUGAAAUCCAUGCAAAGACAUUAA